AUGGUCAAAAGAAAGUUGGGAGCCCUGGAGAAGGUUGAGGCAGACUUGCCUAACCUCCAACACAAAAUCCGCCGGGACCCCAAAUCAUACAUUGAGGAUUUCCGCGCCCAGCACUACCAAUAUGAGUCGCAUCGUGAAAUUUUCAUGGCUGCGCCUACAUCGGCCACUGAUACCGGUAUCAUUUCGUUGCGAGACUUGAUCGAUUUCAUUUCCCAUGUCGCCGAUUGCUAUCCCGAAAUUCUCAAGGAUUUCCCCCAGCAGUUGAUUGAUAUGCUCAUGCAGCACCACCAGGUGCUAGAGCCGGAACUGAGAGAGAAAUUGGUCGGUAGUUUAGCACUGCUGAAGAAAAAAGAUCUUGUGGACUCGGCAACAUUGCUGCAUACCCUGUUCCCAAUUCUGAUCUCGACACCUAGCAAGUCUCUUCGCGCUCUACUGUUCACAAAGAUCCUUUCUGAGCUUCGAACUGCCAACUCAAAAACUGUCAACCAUAAAUUGAACCGUACUAUGCAGACUGUCCUCUUUAACUUGGUCACAUCAGACCGCACAUCCUCCAAAGCCCUUUGGGCAAUUAAGAUCACUCGCGAGCUAUGGAAGCGACAAAUAUGGACUGAUUCUAAGGCUGUUGAGAUUAUGAAGGAGUCUAGUUUGUCAGAGAACGAGAAGGUUAUCAUUGGAGGUGUGCGCUUCUUCCUUGGUGGAGAUAAGGAGCGUGAGGACAUGGAGGACGAAGACAGUGAUGAGGAAAUCGACGUUGGCCGUAUCAGACAUCAACUGGGUAUCAACAAAAAAACAAAGAAGAAGGCCCGCGCAGCAGAGAAGGCUGUGUCUGCUCACAAGAAGAAGGAGAAGAAGAAGAAUCAGCCCCACUCCCUGAACUUCUCAGCGCUUCACCUUUUGCACGAUCCCCAGGGCUUUGCAGAGCAGCUGUUUGCCAAGCAUCUGCAGAACUCUAGGUCCAAGCUUAACCUCGAGCAAAAGCUUAUGGUCUUACAAUUAGUCUCACGACUAGUUGGUCUGCACAAGCUCCAUAUCAUGUCGCUUUACUCGUACUUCCAGAAGUUCCUGACUCCUCGCCAACCCUCUGUUACUUCAUUCUUGGCUUCUUUGGCCCAGGCCUCGCACGACUUGGUGCCCCCAGAUGUUCUUGAGCCUUUGAUCCAGAAGAUCGCCAACGAGUUCGUCUCUGAAGCGUCUGCUGGAGAAGUGGCUACCGCUGGUCUGAACGCUAUUCGAGAGAUCUGUGUGCGUCAGCCUCUAGCGAUGAAUGAGACCUUGUUGCAGGAUCUUGUCAUGUACAAGAAGAGUAAGGACAAGGGUGUUAUGAUGGCAUCGAAGGGUCUGUUGAGUCUUUACCGUGAUGUCGGUGCAUCGAUGCUUAAGAAACGUGAUCGCGGCAAGGAGGCCGCCAUGGGACUUCGGUCCGGUGACAAGGAACAGAGACGUUUCGGUCAACAGGAUAUUGGAGGUAUCGAAGGUCUUGAGCUCCUUGAGAACUGGAAGGAAGAGGAACGCCGCAGGAAGCGACGUGAUAAGGGACUGCCAUCUGACGGCGAAGAUGACGAAGAUGACGAGGGAGACGACUGGGAUGCUUGGAAUGUCGAGGAUGAUAACGACAGUGACGAUUCGGGCGAGUGGAUCAACGUCCAGGAUGAUGCUGAUAUCAGUAUCAGUGACUCAGAGGACGAGGACAAGGAUCGCCCAUCCAAGAAAGCCAAGCAGGAGGAGGAUGAAAAGGCCAAGGCAAAUGGAGAGGAAGCCAAGACUAAGGAGUCUGCAUUCUCCAAGCUGGCAACUACACGGAUCCUGACCCCCGCCGAUCUGGCCAAACUUGCCGAGCUUCGAGCUGAGGCCUCCGUCGAUGCUGCAGUCAAUGGUAACAAGCGUCGCCCUGCACCGACCCCUUCAUCCCGUCACAACGAUGACCCCUUGACCGCCGAGGAGAUCGAGGGACUUGCGGCUUUGUCUGCUGCUAAGCAGACUCGCGAGGAGAGAAUUGCUCAUGCGAAGGAGGGCAAGGCUGACCGAUCCGAGCACAGAAGUAAGGAGGCUAAGCGCAGAGAGCGCAAGGUGGAACAAGGAAAGAGUAGUACCAACAAGGAGAAGUCUCGCAAGAAGAACUUCAUGAUGACCCUGGGUAAGGCGAGAAGUAAGAAUAAGCGCAGUCUCAUCGAGACUCGUGCUGUCUUGAAGGCUCACCAUGACCGCAAGAAGCGUGGUGGAAAGAGAGGUAAUAUGGGUAACUAG